AUGUACGUCCCGCAAGACCGUCCUCGUUCUGAACCAUCGUUUCCUGAACCUGGAACGUUGAUCGACAACGGCAGCCUCGAGCUAGUCGAAAUUCUCGGUGUAGGCGGCUACGGCGUCGUCUACCGCGCUGUUGAUGCUCGCUCUACGACUCUGCGAAACUUUGCCGUCAAGUGUCUCCAACACUUGCAUACCCCUCGUCAGCGUCAGCUGCACAUACGGGAAAUAGCGCUCCAUCAACUUUGUAGCGCUCAUCCCAAUGUUGUCACCAUCCACCGUGUUAUCGAGGAGAACAACUUUACGUUCAUCGUUCUCGACUUUGCGCCUGACGGGGACUUGUUCUCUCAGAUUCUUUACGGCUGCAGGUAUCUCGGCAACACCAGGCUGAUCAAGCAUGUCUUCAAUCAAUUACUCGAUGCUGUCGAGUACUGUCAUUCACUCGGUAUUUAUCACCGCGACCUAAAGCCGGAAAAUGUCUUGUGUUUCGACGGCGGUUAUAGGGUCGCUCUCACUGACUUCGGUCUUGCGACGACGGAGAAAUUGAGUGAAGAGUUCCGAACGGGUAGCGUGUACCACAUGAGUCCAGAAUGCCAGGGAGGCGAAUUAUCACCAACCGGGUCGUACUCUCCGAUGUUCAAUGACAUCUGGUCCCUUGGUAUCGUUCUCCUCAACCUUGCCACGGGUCGCAACCCUUGGAAGGCGGCUAUUCUCACCGACUCCACCUUCCGUGCCUAUCUUCAAGAUCCCUCCGAAUUCCUCCCCAGCGUCCUCCCCAUUUCUUCCGAGCUUAAUGCUGUUCUCGUUCGCAUGCUCGAGAUUGACUGGCGCGACCGCAUCACGAUUCCUGAACUGCGUGUUGCACUCGCACGGGUGAAGAACUUCUAUUCUGAAGGCGCAGUUUUCGACGGAAGCAUGGCACGUUGCCCUUGGGAGGUCGGAGUUGAUUUGGAGGCCGCUAGCGCUGAGCCGGAGGAAACCAAGGAGGAGAGUCCUGUUGUUCCCGACCACCGCCCGAUUCCUUCUGCGUGGAGUUCGGAUUCGAGCUUUGCGUAUACUCAUCCCCAGGACGACGCAACCGCAACUGGUAGCGACUCUUCUUCGAGCACCCAAUACUCCUCUUGUGGCGCCACUUGGGCUUUUGAUUCGCCCACUUCUUCUGAAUCCUCCGCAAUUUUGCAGGACAAAUAUAUUUUCGAACGCCCCCGCACUCCCCCCAUGCCAAACAACGUGCCUAUCAUCUCUCCGCGUCCUGCAUUCAUCGUAACGCCGAGCAUAGUGGAUUUGACUUCACGGGCCACAGGCCGCAAGCCCCCGCUUACGAUCAACACUGCUCGUCUCGACCCGCAGUUUUAUGCUGCGCGAAACAUCAGCCUGAGCCUUGCCUCGGCUUCGACCGCAUCAUCAGUGAUGCGAACAGCAGUUGAUGAGGAUGACGAAUCGAACUUUUUCCUUGCCAGCAGCAAAGUUUCUUCGCCUGGCUAUGAUCUUGACGACAAGGAGAUGACAUCGGCUUUAUGGGAUGAGACGGGCGCUCUCUCCAACUAUUGCUCUACCCAGAGCUCCUUUGCCAACAACGACACGAAUAACAGCGACAGGUCAGCGACGCCUUCGCCCGACACCGAGGCAGGUGCCUGGCACGCCAGCCAAUGUCAGUUUUCAUCGUCAAUCUCCGACUCUAUAACCGACUCCCCGCCAAGGUCCCCCGAAUCGGAUUCGGAUUUGGAAUCACCGCAAGACUUUGCCUUCGCGGAGCACACAAGCAAGGUAUUACCGGGCGCGGGAAUUAUGCAACGUCUAUGGACCCAUUUCAAUCGUUUAUUUUCCAGCAAACGCCCUCUUCCCCGUCUUUUGAGACUUGGCCUGCAUAUCCGGCAACUGCGCCGUCGUCACCGCCCGCGACGCCGCCAAAGCACUCGCCAGUCUCACCGCCCCCGCGGCCCAAUACUGGGAUAG